GGGGUUUGGCUGAUAGAGCGCUCGGAUCAACUGUGGGUUUGGUGUUAACACAUGAUUUCUUUUUCGUUUGCGAGCAGCCACACAGCUGGCGGCAAAAGACAUCACUUACUCCUUCCACCUCGGCGAGGCUUGUUGGUAAUGGUAACGGAUCCAUAGCCGUGUUGGAUAAGUUUGGCUUAAAGUUGGUUUCUGAUGUUGCAGUUGUGUGUCGUCUGGUCUGAAAAAGAUGAAGUGCUGUUAGAGGUCGGGUGUCAAGAGAAGUGGUUCUGAUUGGUUGACCUUUUUUCCUAGCAGACAAGCUCGGUCCUUCCCUUGUUAGUGAGCCUUGCUGAUGUUAUGGAUAGUUUAUUUGUUCUGUGUGGCAGAAUGGACACCUAAAAUCAGGAGAACUGUCUUUGGGAAAUUCUUUUUGCUUACCUAUUGUAUGGGCUGAAUGUUAUUCGGUCGUGGCUGCCUUGUUGGACAUUUCAGUGAUGCUAGGCAACUCUUACUCUCUAGUGGGGUUCCCCUUAUCGGGUUUGAUAUCAGCAAUACGUCUCUAUUGAAGAGUGCUUGUAUAUUCAACAGGGUUGCUAGUUUGCUCAUUCCCUUCAGCUGGAGAUCGGGAACACACCUCAAGUUCCGACCACACUCUUAUCAGCUGUCGUUGCCGCACCCCAUAUACACCACUCACAAGUGUCACCCUCAGGUUCCCGUGCGGGUGAGACCAUGCAUCAUGUGGUUAACCGUACGGCAAGCCAGUUGACGGUACUGGUGGAGGCCAGUCCUUUCAACAGAAUGCCACGUGAGGUCUCCCAGAGCUCCCAAUCUAUCGCAAUGGUUACCUUCAGGAGCAUCAGAAACUUGCCGCGAAAUGCCGUCUUCAUUUACAUGGGAGAUGCUGCCCGGGUUCCCCCUUCCCAAUACGGCGGCGGGGCCAGCGCCUUGCAGAGGGGCGGGCAGCAUAGGGUGGGGCUCGAUGCACUGAAUGCGGGCAACCUCACCCACCCAAGGACCCCUCAUCAGCUAGCACUUAACUUGGGAAUCUGAGAAGCCCACGACAACGCAACUCAACCAACCAACCAUCUUCAAGAAGCCAGUCUUUGAGAACAAUUCAAGGCUUGCUCCGGUUGUGAGACGCUUCUUCUCUUGUUUCGUUAUACCCUUCCGUCCCCUGCAUUCCGGCCCUUUCUUCGGUGCCGGCCUACACGUUGUGAGUGGUGUGUUUGGUCCGACCAACCCACCUCGCCAAUAGAUAUAUAGAGACUACCUGCCUCCUCAUGCGCCAUAUAUGGGCCUUUCCUAGCUUAACAGCACUCUCUCUGUUCCAAGCUUCUGCUGCAUCCGCUGUACCUAGAGCUCGCCAAGCUAUCAACGCCAGCUCCCCCCUCGCCCUGUUCCGUACUAAGAGACGAUUCCGCACCCAAGCCCAACUCCUGAGCAACAGUGCUACUAAGACGACACUUGUUGAAGAGAUGGUGACUGUUGAUACCACGAGCCGGCUGGCCGCCCUGCGGUCCUUGAUGAAGGAGCGCAACCUUCAUGUCUAUGUUGUACCAUCCGAAGAUAGCCAUGCCUCCGAGUAUAUCGCCGACUGCGAUGCCCGCCGCACAUUCAUCUCUGGCUUCUCCGGGUCAGCAGGAACCGCCAUCGUGACCCUGGACAAAGCAGCUCUCGCCACAGACGGCCGAUACUUCAACCAAGCUUCCAAGCAGCUGGAUUCCAACUGGUAUUUGCUCAAGACUGGUAUGCAGGAUGUACCAACCUGGCAGGAAUGGGCGACGCAAGAAGCAGAGGGUGGUAAGCUGAUUGGUGUCGACCCUCAGCUGAUUUCCAGCGCCAUUGCCGAGAAGCUCGAUGAGGAUAUCAAAAACGCCGGUGGUGGUGGUCUUGUUGGGAUCAAGGAAAACCUGGUAGACCUUGUCUGGGGCUCUGAGCAACCACCUCGCCCCAGCAACAGUGUAUUCCUCUUGGGCCAGCAAUACGCUGGAAAGGACACGGCAGCGAAGCUUGCCGAUCUCCGCAAGGAGUUGGAUAAGAAGAAGGCGGCUGGUUUUGUUCUUUCCAUGCUUGACGAGAUCGCUUGGCUCUUCAACCUCCGCGGCAGCGAUAUCGCUUACAACCCGGUCUUCUUUUCGUACGCGAUUGUGACGCAGGCCUCCGCUACACUUUACAUUGACGAAGCGAAAUUGACCGACGAGUGCAGGACCUAUCUUGAACGAAACAAGGUUACCAUUAAGCCCUAUGGUGCUCUGUUUGAGGACAGCGAGGAGCUUGCUCGCCGAGCAGAGGCCGAUUCCAAGGACGCCAAGCCCAGGAAGUAUCUCAUUUCGAGUAAGGGGUCAUGGGCUCUGAAGCUGGCAUUGGGAGGUAACAAGUUUGUCGAUGAAGUCCGGAGUCCAGUGGGUGAUGCCAAGGCUGUCAAGAAUGAUGUUGAAUUGAAUGGCAUGAGAAACUGCCACAUUCGUGACGGCGCUGCUCUGACAGAGUUCUUUGCCUGGUUGGAAGACCAACUUGUGAACCAGAAGGCUCAGCUGGAUGAGGUGGAUGCGGCCGACAAGCUGGAGCAGAUCAGAUCAAAGCACAAGGACUUUGUUGGACUUUCCUUUGAUACUAUUUCCUCGACAGGGGCGAAUGCUGCUGUAAUUCACUACAAGCCAGAGAAGGGUGCCUGCAAGAUCAUUGAUCCCGACGCCAUCUACCUCUGCGAUUCCGGGGCUCAGUACCUGGACGGCACCACAGACACCACCAGAACCCUUCAUUUUGGAACGCCAACCGCCAAGGAAAAGAAGGCUUACACCUUGGUUCUCAAGGGCAACAUCGCCUUGGAUUCGGUAGUCUUCCCCAAGGGAACUAGUGGUUUCGCCAUCGAUGUCAUGGCCCGUCAAUUUCUUUGGAAAUAUGGCCUCGACUAUCGCCAUGGUACAGGCCACGGUGUAGGCUCGUUCCUAAACGUGCACGAGGGGCCCAUCGGCAUCGGUACAAGGAAACAGUAUAUCGACGUUGCCCUGGCCGCUGGCAAUGUGCUCUCGAUCGAACCAGGCUACUACGAAGAUGAAGCAUUCGGUAUCCGCAUUGAAAACCUCGCCAUUGUGAAGGAGGUCAAGACGGAGCAUUCGUUUGGCGACAAGCCAUACCUCGGAUUCGAGCAUGUCACCAUGGUUCCGUACGCCCGCAAUCUCAUUGAUGAGACCAUUCUCACACCGGAUGAAAAGGAUUGGCUAAACCGGGCCAACAAGAAGAUUCUCGAGAAGACGCUUGGAUACUUUGAGAACGAUCCUCUGACAAAGGCCUGGUUGUUGCGGGAGACGCAGCCUUUUUGAUUGCCUUGUUGUCACGGUGGGGAAGAAUUUUGAUUUUUUUUUUCUGGUCGGGAUUGUCUAGAACGUAUACCCCUAACGGACUUUUUCAGAAUUAAAAGGACAUGAAGGCCGACAUGGCAAAGGCAAUGGCAAAGGAGAGCUUGAAGGCAGUGUGUUGGUUGAGGGCCGCUAGGAUGCGGGAACCCUGGAAACGCUCACGCAGGCGGAGGUACUUGACCAGGUCGAGUCCGGAGCGAGAAGCGACCUGGUGGAGGGUGUUAGCAAGAAUGAUGAAAGUGUGCGAGGC